GCGCUUUAUAUUUGAGCUGCAGCCGCAGGUGAAACGCGGGAGUUGAGGCGUGCGCGGCACCAAAGUGGUGCUUAGAGUAACCAACUUCUUGCUACCGAAGCCCUCCUCGCAGCGGAGGCAGAGCUCUGCGCGUGACCAGCCGCAAAGCCAUCCUUUGGUACCUAGUCCCACGGUAGCAAUCACUGGCGCAGACGCUUGCCGCCGCCCGCUCGCCACGAUUCGAUACCACAAGACCAGUGCAGCAAAACUACUGCACCGCGGCCGCGGCGCGCGAGCUCGCCACGAUUCGCCGCUGCGAGCCGUGCGGCUGCACCAUGGGCGCAUGCCUAGGGAAAAAGGAGAAGCCCGAGGUGCACCGGUCGCUCCGCACCCAACAUAAGUCCGCGAAACAGAACAUGAUGCGGCAAAGAGACACUGAUAUCGCCCAAUUCUACGACAUCGACGCGACCAUUGGAAGAGGUAGUAUAGGCACGGUCGCGCGAGCGAAACACAAGGAGUCGAGCAAAUGGUACGCCGUGAAAACAUUACAGACCUCCAAAAUGUCGAAAGACGCCCUGGAGGAGAUGAUGAACGAGAUAGCCAUUAUGAUGGGCCUCGAUCAUCCUAAUAUAGUGAGACCUCUGGAAUUGUUUCAGAAGAAGCGGGAGAUCUAUUUUAUCAUACCUUAUUGUAGCGGCGGCGAUCUCUACAAAAGAGCACCUUAUACCGAACAUCACGCUUCUAGAUACAUCGCCCAGGUCUGCGACGCCGUGGCGUACAUGCACAAGUUUGGGGUCGUGCAUCGUGAUCUGAAGUUCGAGAACGUGCUCUUCCAGUCGAAGGCUCCUGAAUCGGAAGUGGUUGUCAUAGAUUUUGGCUUGGCCAAAGCGAAGGUCGCACGAGACAAGCGCUUGCACGACUUUGUGGGUACGCUGUACAGUAUGGCGCCGGAAGUCCUGCGAGGUAGCUAUGAUGCCAAAUGUGACGUCUGGAGCAUUGGAGUGAUAUCGUACAUGAUGCUGGCCUCGGCCAUGCCCUUCACGCGCUUUGAUGAUGAGGAAUUACUACUAAGAGAUCUCGAGGCGGAACGGUAUGAUAUGCGAAGGCGGUGCAUCCGGAAACGUAGUGAGGACGCGCGCGACUUCGUGCGAUCAUUGCUGAAGGCGAAGGUGAAGGAACGGCCGACCAUGGCUGCGGUGCUGAAGCUGCCUUGGAUCAAAGGUAAAAAUCGGGACCACGAGCCUAGUCCUAACUCUGAACGGGCUUCUUUUUCAGAAACUUUAUCGGAGCAGGAUCUCGCUGGGAGUUUAAGGGAGUACUCGGCCACGUCCGCUAUUAGGAGGGUGGGCCUCAUGGUCAUCGCCCAUAGAACGGAGGCCGAUUCGGUAAGGACACUGAGAAAAGCUUUCAGAGCGAUAGACACGGGCGGCGAGGGCUACAUCACGUUUCAGGAAUUGGAGGAUGUCCUGGCGAAGAACGGCCACUCGUCCGAAGAAAUAAAAGACAUCUUUAACGCGGUCGACCACGCGAACGACCAGCGCAUCUCGUACACGGAGUUUCUCGCGGCGAUGCUCGACGGCCAGUCGCAUCUCCAGGAGGACGCGUUGCUCGACGCCUUCGACCGCAUCGAUAGUGAUGAUUCUGGAUUUAUUUCAUUUGAAAAUCUGAGAGAUUUGCUGGGGAGGCAGUUCUCGCCCCAACUCGUGCAGCAGAUGAUCGCCGACGCGGACUUUAAAGAGAACGGCGUGAUUGAUUAUGAGGAGUUCAAGCAGAUGAUGCUUGGUUCAAGGCCGGCGCGGAGAUUGGCUGACGAGGCGGCGAGCGAGUAACGUAUACUAGUGUUA